AUGCAACAGUUGCAUCUGUCUAGUUCGUUAGCCGUGUCUUCAUUUCGAUAUUCUGUGGACGAGGUACGGCUGCUCAUUGCCGUCGAACAAGUCUUUUACCAGUCACGAUUUGCCGAAAUUCUUCCGAAUACAUGGUGGGAUGGAGUAGUUGAUUGUUUUGAUGUUGAAGAAUCUAAAACUAUCAGUAACUCAUGUCCAGAAAUUCAACGUCAUCAUUUUCAGUGUUCAUCGUCUGAACUGACAUGUUUAUUAGUCGGUGCACUGGGAGAUUGUGAUCCCUCUUGUUCCAACGGCCGAGAUGAACUUGAUGACGAAAGUGAUAUUGUUCCAUUGAUGGGUAUUGCGUGUACGAAAAGUGCUGAUCCAGGAUGCGUCUAUCUUCGAAAAUAUAUACAAACUUCAUCGGAGAAUAAUACGAACAAAGUCAAAGAGCAAUGCCAUGACCAGUAUCCGGCACAUAGUGUUUCCUUUUCUGAUCGUUGUGAUCUUUCAUCUGAAUAUCCAUGUUUUCGAACUGAUGUUGAUGAUGUAUUUAAUGUUGAAGUCAAUCGUCCAUGUAUCAAUUUAACACAAAUUGGAGAUGAAAAAACAGAUUGCUUAACUGGUCUUGACGAAAGAAAUAGAUUACAAUGUUCAUAUUUCGAAUUAUCCGCCAUCAACACAAUUGUUACAAAAUACUCAUCCUUUAUUGCUCGUUCAAGCCGAAUCUUAUAUGUCAUGAACUCAAAAACAGAUGAUCAUAAAACUCGAAUAUUCGGAGCAGAUAAUUCUAAACUUAAAACAGUUUAUGAAAUUGUUGGUGAUUCCCUUAAAACUCGUAACAUAACAUUUGAAAAUCAUUAUCUUCCAUUUAUUUGUAAUCGUGGUCUCGUAGUGAAAUAUUAUACAGGUUAUACAAUCUGUUUUUGUCCGCCAAGCUUUUAUGGAGCACAAUGUGAAUAUUAUAGUGAUCGAAUAACAGUUGCAACACAUCUUGAUUUAAAGAAAUACCGAUCAUCUAUCAAUGAAAUAAAUAUUAUAAAAGUCUUGACAACAUUUUUAUUUGAAGAUGAAAUUAUUGAUUAUUAUGAAUUUUAUGUUAAUCCACAAACACAAAAUGGUCACAAUUAUAUAAAAAAAACAGAUUUAUUUCCUCUAUCCUCGACUAGAAAAAUAUAUACAGUUGAAAAAAACAAAUCGAGUGGUUUUUAUGGCACUCGUUGUGAACAUUAUGAUGAACAAUGUCAGAAUUAUUGUGCACCAAAAUCAAUUUGUAAACCAAAAUAUCACGGCAUUUUAACUGGAAAUCAACGACAUCCAUUCUGUUUGUGUUCAAUAUCAACAUACGGUCCAAGAUGUUAUUUUAAUAAUGAACAUUGUCAACGAAAACCAUGUUUAAAUGGAGGAACCUGUAUGUUGAAACCAAUUUACAUUAGUAAACUUGACAUAUACGUCCCAACAACAGCUGUUUUCAAAGUCUAUGGAGCAAAUUAUCAUCAAGAAGAGCCAAAUUAUUAUUUAUUAUAUUUUUAUCCUAAUCAAACAGAUAUCAAUAUUACAGUCGAUCUAACAUCAGAAAAUCAUUGUCCAUUAGUGGAAACAUUAUGGCAUUUAGUUCAGACAACUGACCAAUCAGGUGAAUUAAAUGAUAGAUCUGAUUUUCUUUGUCUUUGUCCACGUUGUUAUCAUGGACAAAUAUGUCAAUAUUCAACUGAAUUGAUGAGUUUUACUUUGGAUUCAUUGAUUGUCAAAGAUCUACAAAAUAAUCGUCAAGUGUCCAUUGGUAUUUACACUUUAAUUAUUCUUUUGAUCUUUUUCUUUGGUUUAUUCAACAAUUUCAAUAGUUUUUUGACAUUUAUUCGUCCGAAACCGCGAAAAGUGGGUGUUGGCAUAUAUCUUCUGAUUAUUUCAAUUGUUGAUCGGUGUUCAUUGUUACUUUUAUUAUUCAAAGUUAUUCAUAUUAUUCUUGAUAGUAGUGGUACAUUAUUCUACUAUGAAAACUUCAGUCUCUAUUCAUGUAGGAUUGUUUCGUAUCUUUUAUCUGUUUUUACACGAAUUACAUAUUGGUUAACAAAUUUUAUCACAAUUGAACGUCUACGUUUGGUUUUGUUUCCAACAUCUUCGACAUUGAAAAAUCCACGUCGAGUAUUCGGUUUGAGUAUUUUUGUAAUAUUGUUUGUAUUUAGUAUGCAUAUUCAUGAAGUGAUGUAUUAUACAACAAUUGUUGAUUAUUCUGACACAUCUCUCAAUGAAGAGCGAGGAGCAGUAAGAUUAAAUAGUGAAAUGAAGUAG